AUGGCGAGCCCCAGUCUGCAUUGGGAGAAGUUGGGCGAUAAGUUUUGGCGGAGCAAGGAGGUAUGCCAGCUGAACUGGUUCGGGGGUAAUAACAGCAGUGGGGAUGAUACAUUGGAAAUGAGCUGCUCAGCAACAUGUUUGUCUCUUUUUGCUAUCGAGGUUGAUAAUUCCGUACACGUAUUUGACAGAACAGGGCAUUUCAUUACCAAGACGGCAAUAGAUCAGAAGUUUGGGAAGCUAGUAAAGCUCGCCUUUACUGAAGAUGAAGACCUGGUUCUUGUUUAUACAAAUGGUGUUGAGAUUUUAAAGGACUGGAAUGUAUCUGAUAAGAUUUCGGUUCCUUUAGUGGUUGAUGUUGAUGACACAAUAUGGGAUUACAAGUCUGGUGUGCUUAUCCUUCGAAACUCAAAAGAUAUUUACCAAUUAAUUGAUAAUAAGCUGGUCUUAUUGCAUAAGAACACUGAAAACUAUGAGAUACUUGUAAAAGAUGGUUGGGAUUGUAAGAAUGGGGAUGUGGUUAUCUUGGAUUUGGAUUCCGUUUGGAGGUUUGAUCUUAGGAGCCAUCACUUCAAGAAAAUUAUAGCAGGAUGUCAUUAUCACAGAUUAUAUUUGUCAUAUAACGGCCAAUUAUGUCUAUAUAAUGGGAAAGGAGACAGGCUUGAUUUUUAUUCCUUGAAAGGAGAUGAUCUCAAUAGGAAUAUCACUCUACAGAAGGCGCCUCGGGAUAUUAAGUGGGACUUCGAAGGAAAUCUUUCAGUACUAUAUGAAGACGAACUUUUCUUAUAUAACAGUCAAUCACAAUAUGUCAGUUUCUGGUACCCCUAUGGAAUAGUACUAUUAGAAAUAUUUUUGGAUGGAAUCUUGGUUGUGACCACUAACCAGCUCAGCUUCGUUACUCAGGUGAAGGAGAGUACCUCUAGUAUAUUUAAGAUUGGUUCAGUGACUGCUGGUGCUUUACUCCUUGAUGCUUUCAAAGAGCUGGAAACAAACUUACCUAAGGCUAUCGAAAACCUGAGAAGUAUAGAUUUAUCAACAGCAGUGGUGGAUUGUCUAACAGCAUCCUUGGAAGAAUCGGAUGUUAAAGUACAAAAGCAACUUCUCGGAGCUGCAUCAUUUGGAAAGGAAUCGCUCCCCUACAAGUCAUUUGACUCUAGUUUCUUCGUUAGUAUUUGCAAUAAAUUGAAGAUCUUAAACUUUCUAAACUCGAUUGACUUCUUCAUAACCAAUGAUGAGUACGACUAUUAUAAGAUUGAAGGUAUUCUGGAUAUGUUGUUGAAAAUGGGUAAAUACUAUGAGUCUAUCAAACUCUUAGAGCUAGCUAAUAGACCUGAUUUAAAACCUAAGGUAUUUGUCCAGUGGUGCAUCGUGAAAAUAAGAGUAUCAUCAGAUUUGGAAGAUAUUAAAAUACUGGAUAUUAUUAACAAACAACUAAGUGUCCUGAAUACCAAGAACAAUGUCCCAAUGGCAACAAUUGCCGGGUAUUCCUAUUCGGAAGGUAGGUUUAAGUUGGCGCGGGAGUUGUGCAAAAUGGAGAAAUUAACACCUACCAAAGUGGCAAUGUUAAUGAAAUUAGAAGAUUACAACAUUGCAGUACAGGAAUGUCUUCAUGAAGGUUCUUGUGCGUUAACAAUCUCACUAUUGCUUGAAUUAAAAGAUAAGUUGCCAGCAUCUCAAUUUACUAAACUUUUGAUUUUAGAGAUGAGAGAUACUCAGUUAUUUCCUUACUAUGAGCAAGACAACUAUGAAUUUCUGUAUGACUAUUUCAGACAAAUUGAUGAGUAUAAGGAUUUGGCGCAUGUUUUAAGGCGAUCAGUUAAUAAAAAUCUUUCUCUGCAGUCGAUACAACCUCAGAUCCUUGAACUUUAUAACACAAUACCACACAAAACAGAACAUCUGAAACAAGAUAUAUCAUUGAUACAACGUGAAGUGAAAAGAAAUCAAUAUAUGACUGAGAUUAACAAUAAAUUGGGGACUAACUUUGAGAGAGAACCCUUGAAUGACGUCUUAGCCAAGUUGAUAGAAUUAAAACAAGACCGUGUUGCUAAAGAUCUUGUGAAAAAAUUUGAUAUCCCUGAAAGAAAUUUCCACAUCACAACAUUAAAGGUUCUAGUGAAACAGAAGAGGUUCGAGGAGUUAUCCUCCUUUAUGACAGGGAUAAGACCUGCAAUCAGUUACCAGUACAUAUUCGACUAUAUCAAAAAGCGUGGGCACAAAUUAGAGGCAUCAGAAUAUAUCUCACACCUUCAUGUGUCGUAUUCCGACAAGAUGGCCCUAUAUUUGGAAUGUAAGAACUACAGAGCUGCGGUUGAACUUGCUGGUCGAGAAAAGGAUGUAAUGGGACUCAAAGACGUAUACGCAAAGAUCCCCGCCAACGAGCCCCAGGUUAAGGCGCUGGCUAAUCAAAUACUAGCAACCUUAUAA